GUAAUUGAAAACAGCCUCACUGAAAUUACGACGCGAGUGGAAUGGACACCGUCAUAUCAAUAAUUUAAUAAAACUUUUGAUAUUUUACAAUGUUGUGUUUGAAAUUAAGUGCCUAAAUGUUUUGAGAAUAGUUUUAUAGUGUUAGUGCUUUAUAUUAAAUGCUUUAGAGAUGUCGAAGAACAAAAUAGCUGCUCGUGUUGACAGUCAAACUGUGGAAGUCAAAACUAAAUUUGAUGCAGAAUUCCGAAGAUUUUCGCUCAGUCGUACUGAGAAGCUCAAGUAUGAAGACUUCAAGGCGCUGAUAGAGAAACUGCACAGGCUUCACGAUGUGGCCUUCCUCAUAUCGUAUACGGACCCUAGAGACGGAGACCUGUUGCCGAUCAAUAAUGAUGAUAACCUGGCUAGAGCGCUGCUCACCGCACGGCCGUUGCUCAGGGUUAUUAUACAGAGGAAAGGGGACAGUUUGGAAGAACUAAACGGGUAUGGUACGAUGCGGCCUAGGAACAUAAUCUCCUCAAUACUGAGCGGAACGCCUGCUAAGAACAAAGGACUCGCUAUAUCGAACCCACAUGAUUUUAGAAUGGUAUCGGCAAUCAUAGACGUAGAUAUAGUUCCAGAAACGUGCAGAAGGGUUAAACUGCUAAAGCACGGGUCGGACCGACCGCUGGGAUUCUUCAUCAGGGACGGCACCUCAGUCAGGGUAACACCGAAUGGCGUAGAACGUUCUCCCGGUAUCUUCAUAUCGCGUCUCGUGCCUGGAGGCCUGGCGGAGUCUACCGGACUCCUGGGUGUCAAUGACGAGGUGUUAGAAGUUAAUGGCAUCGAUGUGUCCAAUAAGACGCUAGAUCAGGUGACGGACAUGAUGGUGGCGAACUCGUCGAACCUGAUCAUCACGGUCCGGCCCGCCAACCAGCGAGCCGGGCCGCCGCCCGCUGAGACCGCCUCCAGGCACUCGCAGCCUAACAGCGAACCUGAUGAAGACAGAUUCGACCAAGACGAACAAGAUGAAAUAGUAGACCUUACCGCGGUGACACUGGAAGAGUCAGAACCUCCCUUCCCCCUCACGUCCAAGGACGACGGACAAGUGUUGCACCUCUAGUACAUACUAGAGCGGUACCGCUGCGCUAGAGGACGUUAUACUUGAGUGAUAUGGUGCGAAUAAUGAGAAGGUGCUGGUUGGCUAGUGGUGUGCCGCUGUUAAAUAUCGAUAUGUCGAUAAAAAGUGUUCUUGUUAAGUGAAGAUCGUGAUAGGACUCAAAAAUAAAAAUGGUAGUCAGGUAACGCUUAUCCAGUAUCGAUAAAAUAUUUGAGGUUUCCAUGCUAAUUAUACUGCAACAAAUUAAUACUUAAUAAAAUUUACAAACAGAAGUGCAUACUCUAAAUCGUAAUCAAAUAUUCAAUUAUAUCGAUAGUUUUAUCAAUUUGGUAUUAACAAAAUUCGAUUUAAGUAAAAGCCUUUAAAAUUCGAAUAAGAUCUAUUAUAGUACACCACAUCACACCAACCAACACGAUAUAAAAGGCUCGAACAUUAGUACUUACAUAUAAACAUUCCAUUAUAUGCCUUAUAUAUUCUGCAAUAAGUGUCAAAAUAGCUAAAUUAGGCGUCACAAUAGUUUAGGAAGCAAUAUCUUAGGUACAGUACCUAGUAAUGUAUAAAAAAUACAUAUCGCGAUUUUAUUCUUGAGUAUUUUAAUGUCUUUUAUAUGCAAAAUAUAGACUUCUUACUUUUCUCGUCAUAUAACUUAGCUGCUCUGAAGUUCGAGAAAUUACACCACUACGUAUAGCAGUCCACUGCUGGACAUAGGCCUCUCCAAGUGCACGCCACUGAGAUCGAUUUUCGGCUUCUCGCAUCCAGCUCCUGCCAGCCGUCUUGCGCAAGUCAUCACUCCACUACGCAUGCGCGGGUCAAUCGGCUAACUUCAGGGAUAUUUUUAAUAAUUUCCAUCAGAAAUGGGAUAUAUUGCAUCUUUUUUAAUCCAUAAUUUUGACCUGAAAAGUUAAAGUAGAUAUAUUUUGCAUAUGAAAACACUAAAUAGUAAAAAUACUUAAUUAUUGUGCCUAAAUAUAUGUAUGUGUAUAGUAUUUUUUACGUAUUCCAAAUCUUGAUAAAAAAAAUCAUUCCAUUUAGACUAAUCCUAAACUAAAUCUUUCGAAUAUAUUAUCAACUUCCUCGAUGUUAGCUCAAUUUUUCAUAUCAAAAGUUCUUCAAAACAUCAGAAAAUCAUUCACUCAUUCUUCAGUUCACUCUUUAGAUAGUUCAUCAGUCUCAAUCAAUACUUAAGUUAAUUUAUAAUCAUCACAUAUCCCAAAAUAAUCUUAUUUCUUAAACAAUUCCAAGUUGUCAGUAUAUAUCUUUUAAAUAAAAAGGUAAACAAUAAAAGUAGGCAUUAUAAAUCAUUUGUAAAAUUGUUACUUUAUCGACAAUAAAUAAAAUUAGUUGUAAAAUAUUGUAAGUGUCAAAAUCCAUCCAUUUUUGUUUCAUAGUGUUAAAGAUGACAUACAUUUACAAUUUUAAAAUCAUGUGUAUCAUUAUUUAGUUUAAAAAACGCUUGUUUUUUCUAUGAAUUAUGGUAUUAUUAUUCAAUAUAAUCAUGUAUUCCAUUUGUAUUAUUAAUAAUAGAAAAUUAUGUUAACAUAUUGCCCAGCUGUACGGGUAGUCAGAAGCCAGAAAGUCUCACCUAGGGGUAUUGGUUGCCCGGGUAACUGGGUUGAGGAGGUCAGAUAAGCAGUCACUCCUUGAAAAACACUGGUACACAGCCGCAUCCUGUUAGACUGGAAACCAACCUCAUCAUAGUUGGGAAAUGGCUCGGGAGAUGAUGAUGAUUAUUACAUUGAUUUGUCCGCGUAUUUUAAUUCGCAAUAAAAUGUAUGUCGUCUCUAACACAGUGUAGUAUGAAAUAUCUUAAUCAACUUAGAUAGUUUAUCUCACUUCCUAUGGAAGGUGCUAUAAAAUCAAAAAAAUCACGUUUACAUUGUUAUUCAAAAACGUUAGAUAUUAUAAAAUUGUCAAUUUUUUAUGAAUUAUUUUUAGAUUAGUAAGGUGGAGCCGGUAAUAGCAAUUUGUUUCAUGUAGUUUCUAUAACCGCCGCCGUAUUAAUAAUGGCGCUAGUGGACUCGGUCCAAUGAGGUUUUAAACUAAAAAGGAUUCCUAACAAUAGUGAAAAUUAAAUCUAGAGAUGUAAUCCUAAUCUUGGCGUAUGCUUAUGAAAUAAUUGAGAGCAUUUUAGAAUAUUUUUAUUAGCAGAGUUUUGCAAUAGGCUAUAAAAUGACCAAUCGCUAUAUUAUGUACUUAAUCGUAAAAUCAUAUACUUAAAUUAACGCAUGCAUUCCACAUUUUCAACUUAUACUAUGAUUGUUAUAAACAUUCCAUUUUUAAAAAGACAACGUGCCUUGAAUCUCUUGUAGCUUAAUUUUAAUUUAAAAUUGACAAGCAAGCUAUUAAAAGCUCCUUUUGAACAUUUACCAGCUUAAAAAAGUGUUCGCUUGAAAUUAACUAUAGGUAAAGAAAAAUAAACGCCUUUUAAAUAUUGUCAAGGUCCACCAAUAGCUUGAAAUUCGAUAAACAGUUCAUAAUCUAAUUAAAAACUUUUUGGACUUAUUGCUUUUUUGGUAGCAAAUGGUAGUGUGGCAACACUAUGUGAUUCAGUAUACUUAUUAAAAAGGCCUAAAACCGUGCCUUGAGCGCAUUGUUAUAUCGCUAAUUUCAGUCUACAGUAAAUAAUAAUUAUUAAUACUGGCUGUUUGAAUGUUUAUGUAUGUUUUCUUAAAUUCGAUUUUUGAAUGAAAUUAAUAUUGAGAUAUCGUAAAAUUAAAUGGUGUUAUGUUAAUACCAGAGAUAUAGAAAAUGAAUUUAGUAAAAGUAAUAGUAAUGAAAUUGAGAGCUUUUUAGAAAGAGGUUAACCACCCUUUGACCAUUUCUUUUUGUUUAUAGGACAGUAAAGAAUACCAAAAUAUCUAGAAAAAAAAACAAAUAUCGAAAUUGAGAUCCUCCUCCUUUUUUGGGAAGUCGGUUGAAAAUCAACAUAUUGUACGAUCGCCUUGUCUCUGGCUAUCUUUCAGUUUUCAAUUCAUUUUCUAUGUCUACGGCAAAACAAACACAAAUGAGCUUAUUAUGUUAGAAAAUGUUUAGAUACAAAAUUUAAUUCAUAGUUUUUUUUUUUUUAUAUGGGGUAAGUGCGUUAUAUGAAAUUAUGUCGAGCAAAGUUAUUGGUCCGUCGCUAUAAGACGUCUUGAUCAAAAAUCAUAUUAUAUUAAGUUGCAAAGACUUUUGUAAUUAAUCGAUAAAUAUGUGAACGCCGUUUCUAAUCAGUAUGAAGUUUAACUAAAAUAAUUUUAGGUUAUAUCCAAUAUUUAAUGUAUUAUUUAGAUAUAGAUUUUUUUUAUUAUUAAGUUUUCUUUUUCAUGAUUUGUAAAGCCUUUUUUUAUGUUUUUCAAUAUUUUGUCUGUCACUUACAUACAUUGCUACUUAUUGUUUUUUUUUUUUGUACUUAAAACAUUCCUUUAGAACUCCUUUACGAAAAACUAUUCAAUAUCUUACGUUUUUGCUUUGCAAAGGCUGAAUCAAGUAGCCUUUAAUUUUUAAGUUUAAACUACAAAAAUGGCAUUUUCAUUCCAUAAGUAUUGAAAAAUGUAUUUCUAAACAGUAUUCUUUUAUCUAUUGACGUUUUUGUACAUUCUGUGAUCACUGAAUCAGUUUAAAAUGUACUUAAAAUACCGUAUAAAGUAUCAAGAUUUUUAUAAAAAUGAAGAUGACAACCUUUUUCCAAUAAUUUUGCUGAUUGGCUCAAAACUAUGUCCAAAAUGUUAUAGUCAAGCGAUUAUACAUAGUUGAUAUUUACACAUGUAAGCUAGUAUACUUGUGUUAUUAUAAAAUAUAUUAUAUUUAAUUUA